UGAUGGGGGAGGUAACUCUAAAUGACUUCAGCAUACACAUUUAGUGGAUUCACUGCCCGAGAAUGGUUGCUGGUGCCUUCCCCCUGGUAAAACUCGGCUCUCUCCUUGUCAAACAGGUCAGCAAGCCUGUCGCUAACGCCCUCAAGCGGAGAGCAAAAAGCAGUCCGUUUUUCAAGAGAUAUGUGUGCAUGCCACCAGCACAGCUGUACCACUGGUGUGAGGUCAACUUCCGCCUCAAUCUGAUGGGACUGGGUCGAGCCAAGCAUGUGGACAAGUUGAAUGAUGAGAUGGCCACGGAGCUUGGUGCUGAGAUGUUGGGAGAGUUCAUCAUCUUCUCCAUCGCCGUGGGAACACUGAUGUAUGAGUACAACAGGUCUGCGACAAAGGAGGAGAUCAAGGAGGAGAGAGAGAAACAAAAACUAAUGUCAUUAGAGCAGAACAUACAAGAUUUAGGACUGAUUACAGAAAUGCAAGGUACCCAGAUACGUGAACUAGAACGGACUGUCAGUGACUUGAACACGAGGAACCUCAGCCUUACAGCAAGAAUAUUUGGAGCGGGGAAGACAUAGCUGUUGUUGCUUGUGUGUGAUAUAUAUUGUGUAACGUACAGGAAAUGUGAGACUGUAUAGAGUAAAGUAAUUGUUUUCCAGACUCGCUUGAGAAAGUUUGAAUGAGUAGAUUUUUCAAACCAGAUAUGUGUGUCGAAACAAUCUUGUGUUCUCUGUAAUCUGAAUUUGCCUUCAUUGCUAGUUUGUGUCCUACAAACAGUAUCUAACAAUCUUACUGAAGUUGGGGGCCGUAUAAUAGUGCAUUUGUUUGUGAAAUAUAUUAAAGAAAGGGCAUAAUUCUAGUAUCUGGAUAAUACUACAGUGCUUGUUUUAAAAUUGUAAAGUACUAGUACUAAUAGUUUGUAGGUACUUCUUUUCUUGAACAAUCAAAUUUGUUUAAAUACACUGGUGUAUAGGUGUAUUAAUAUGUAGCAGUAGAAACUGUUGACAAUUUGUUUGUAGUGAUGAUAUUGCAGCGUAUGAAGUGCAAGUUUAAUGUCAAUGUCAACCCUGGAAUGUUUGUAAACAUGCACAUGGCAGGCUUCAUCAUUCGAGAAGUUUUGGAAUGAGACAGUUACUAGAAGGCUGUAAAUGACCACUCUGUUACAACCAUGACAAGCCCCAUCUGAAGACAGAAGCAGCUGGAUGCGGAGUGUACACUGAUUAACGCAUAGCUGCCGUUCGCAAUAUUUUUCGUAUUUGUCUGAAUCUGCAACUAAAGUACGAAAAUGUGAUUUCGUUAAUUCACACAAAUAAUAUGGCGAUCUAUGGGGAAAAAAAUCAAAAGGACUAGACACUGGUAAAUACCAGCAGAGGUUGCGGAGGUCUAUCAAGGUCAUCUUCAGGAGGCAAGGGAGUUGACUGACUAUAAAAGUCCUGUUUCCGCCCUUGCCGAACUAGGCUGGUAUUAUGGAGUCACAUUUUGGCUGGACUUAACGAGUCUAUGCAUAGUCCAAUCAAAAUCGCACAACA